UGCAUUUCGAGCUGAAGAGCACACAGAAAACAAUCCCUCCUGAUUCGAUGCCGUAAGAGGCGGCAAUGGCCGGCAGAAUCGCCGGCGUUGGAGAAUCGACCGGCGAGACCCCGCCGGCGAUGGCGAGGUUCGUCACGAUCGCAUUAAAAGCAGACUGCGGAGCAGAGGACGCGAAGGUUUUCAAGCACGAUGAGCAGCUGAAAACAAGCGAUGCAGUAUCUGUUGAAGGAGGAGCGGAGAGAUUAGCCUGUGUAUCUAUUCAAGUGGGAUGUAGUAGCGAUGAUUUGGAAUCGGAGGGGUAUAAGAUUUGCCGGAUCUGCCAUUUGAGCCCGGAGUUGGCGGAAUCAGCGGCGGAAGGGUGGGAUCAGAUUCAGAUCGGGUGCGGGUGCAAGGGAGAUCUGGGCUUUGCGCACAGCCGCUGCGCCGAGGCUUGGUUUAGGGUUAAGAGAAAUAGGAUUUGUGAAAUCUGUGGUUUGACUGCAAAAAAUAUUGUUGGAGAAGAAGACAGCAGCUUCAUGAAGCUAUGGAAUGAGGGCACAAGCCUGGAUGCUAAUAAUAACCCUAACUUGCAGGUUAGAGCCAGCUAUUUGAUCAGUAAGUCUUUCUGUAAUUUUUUCUUGUCUCUUCUUGUUUUGGCUAUAGUACUUCCAUGGUUUUUCAGAGCCAAAUUCUUCUGAGCUUGUUCCUUGUUUUUUUUUUCCCUUUUUUUGGGUACGUACCGCACAAUUCUUAUUAUUUACAUAUUUAACA